AUGGAGCAACAUGCCAAAUAUCACAUAGCUCCAAGGACUGGGAGGAGGGGGGAUGCGGCAAGAGGGAGCGGAGGUAGCAUUGCGAAGCGGACCGAGACAUACAUGAGCCCGUCUCACGCGAAUCACGCCGCCGCCCGCUUGGAGAGGGGGAGGUGGAGGGAUUGCGAGUGCGCCAUGGGUAUGUGUGAGUGGGCUUGCGGCAGUUGUGCCCUCUGGCCGUUAAUUGUCACCGGCACUGUCACCGUCACCGUCACCGUCACUGUCGCUGUCGCCGUCGCCGUCACCUGUCCAACGACAUCUGCGUCAAUAGUGGGUGACGAGUAUACGCCUACCUACAUGCACCGGAUUCUGGGGGCCUGCCACGGGCCCUGUCCCUCAUGUUGCACUGCAACCCUGGCAAAUGCCGCCUUUUGCAGACGCCCGAGCGCAAGCUCCUCCCUACAGUCGUAUCGUGGAGCCGGCAGAGCCCCUAAUAGUCGACGCGUAGGUAUUGCUGGUGCUGGCACGCACUGGCGAGCACCCGUCCAGCGUACCUGCGCUCACCCUGGCCUAGCCAAGUCCGCGCUGUGCGACCUUGGGCGGGCGCAUUGCUGCUUUCAUGGGCUGCUCCUGGGCCUGUCUGUCGGGCCUCGCUUCGCGCCCUCCAUUUAUUUAGUUAACACAUGGGUGGUUGGCUGCGUGAUUGAUUGCUGGAUUACUCGAUUGGAUGGAUGGGUUUUAAUUGAGCGAGUGACUGACUGA